AUGGCUAUGGAGGUCCGUCGCAGGGUUCUGCCGCCGCACGGGAGCGCCCCACGGCGCCAGCAGGCGACCGGCGGCGAGGGGCAGCGGGUGCGUGUGCAGGCGGGGGACGCGCUACCGCUGCCAAUCUGGCACACGAACCUCAUCUUCUCGGCGCUGUUCGCCGCGCCGCUGGUGUACCUGAUGCGGCGGUGGCGGGAGAAGAUCCGCGCCUCCACGCCGCUCCACGUGGUCUCCCUCACCGAGAUCUUCGCCAUCUGCGGCCUCGUGGCAUCGCUCAUCUACCUCCUCAGCUUCUUCGGGAUCGCCUUCAUGCAGUCCAUCGUCUCCAACAGCGACGACGAGGAGGACUUCAUCAUCGACUCCCGCCAUGGACAGGCGCGGGCGCCGCCGCCGCCCGCACCGGCGGCCCCGUGUGCGCUGCUGGGGAGCCCCCCCGCCGUGCCGGAGAAAAUGCCGGAGGAGGACGAGGAGAUCGUGGCCGUCGUCGUGGCAGGGAAGAUCCCGUCCUACGUGCUGGAGACUAGGCUGGGAGAUUGCCGCCGGGCCGCCGGGAUCAGGCGGGAGGUGCUGCGCAAGAUCACCGGGAGGGAGAUGGACGGGCUCCCACUCGAUGGGUUCGAGUACGCGUCCAUCCUCGGCCUGUGCUGCGAGCUGCCGGUGGGGUUCGUGCAGCUUCCCGUGGGCGUCGCCGGCCCGCUCCUUCUCGAUGGCCACCGGCUCUACGUACCAAUGGCCACCACCGAGGGCUGCCUCGUCGCCAGCACCAACCGUGGAUGCAAGGCCAUUGCCGAGUCUGGUGGGGCCUCCAGCGUCGUGCUCAAGGACGGGAUGACGCGAGCCCGGGCCGUCCGGUUCCCAUCUGUACGCCGCGUCGCCGAGCUCAAGGCCUUCUUGGAGGACCCAGCGAACUUUGACACCCUGGCUAUGGUGUUUAACAGGUAA